AUGAACAAGUGGACGAGGCUAGACCCACCAUGGCACCACAAAUGUUGCUAGUUUUCACUUUGCACCAAAACCUUUGCUCUAUCUUAGUGCUAUUUGUUGACAGAUUACAGGAUCUUAAACAGUCGGCUUUAAACAGCUCCCGUGUUUCCCUCUCGGCCUCUGGAAGCCAGAGAACAAAGCAACCGGCGUUAACGAUAGAGCUUUUCUUAUACCCCUCUUCUUCCUCCGGGAAGGGUCAUCCCGCAGGGUGAAAAACAUGGCAGCGUCCUCAUUGUGUCAUCUCUUCAUCUCGUCGUGGGCCGCCGUUGCGGUCUUCAUCCUCUCCCUCUCUUCCAUCCUUGGAGGAGCCAUUGCCGUAAAAAGUACAGACAUCAUCCAAGGUCCUCUCCUGACUUCCAAGAUCGCUACCAACCGCACCAUCCUUGUCGGUCCGAAGGAGGAGUUCCAAUCGGUGCAGGCCGCCGUUGAUGCAGUCCCUGACGGGAAUUCCCAGUGGAUCAUCAUCCACCUCCGUGCCGGAAUCUACAGAGAGAAGGUUGUAAUCCCAGAGAGAAAGUCAUAUAUAUUCCUAAGAGGAAAUGGCAAAGGAAGGACCGCCAUCCUUUGGGAUGAGAGCUGCAAUAACAACACAGAGUCCGCAUCCUUCUCUGUCUGGGCCGACAACAUCAUCGUGUUCGGCAUUAGCUUCAAGAAUGAUGCUCUGGUUGGUGCUCCUGAUGCUCCAUUCAAGCAGUCGGUGGCAGCCAUGGUGGCUGGAGAUAAGGUGGCUUUCUAUCAUUGUGCCUUCUAUAGUGCCCACAACACCCUCUUUGAUCACAAGGGCAGGCAUUACUACGAAAGCUGCUACAUCCAAGGCAACAUUGAUUUCAUCUUUGGCCGUGGCCAGUCAAUCUUUCAGAGCUGCGAGAUCUUCGUUCUCACGGAUCGAAGGACAAAAAUUCUUGGCUCAAUCACAGCUCAAAACAGACAGUCUGCAGAUGAAGACAGCGGCUUCGUGUUCUUGAAAGGCAAGAUAUAUGGCAUUGGCAAUGUCUACUUGGGUCGAGCUAAAGGAGCUCACUCUCGGGUCAUUUUUUCCAAGACCUAUCUCUCCAAGACCAUUACUCCUGAUGGCUGGACCCACUGGAGCUACGAUGGCUCCGCCAACCAUCUACUCCAUGGAGAGCACGACUGCCAUGGACCAGGUGCAGACACGGCUCAACGUGUCCCAUGGGCACGCCAACUCACUGACGAGGAGGCUGCUCCAUUCAUAAGCAUUGAUUUCAUCAAUGGGAAGGAAUGGCUGCCGGCAUACUAUUAUUGAAGACCCCUUGUCAUCAUUACUAGCUCCAUGUAAUUCAUACAUGAUGUAUGGUUCUUUUUUUAAAAAAAACAAGGUUAAUUACCAUGGUAAUGUUAGCUAGAAAUAAUGCAUGAAUUUGGCAGCGGCUUACUAUUAUUGAUCAAGACUGCAUGCCUCCAUUACUAGGUCUAUGUAAUUCAUUUAAAUGUCAUAUUCUUUGACAAGAAAAUUGGUACCAUGGUAAUCAUAGCUGGAAAUAGUGCAUGAAUUUAUUA